GGCGGGGUGUCAAGUUCGGUUGCGGAGCUGAAACCGGUAACCUAGCACUCCAGCACGUUGUGAAGCCGCGAGUGUUUCUGGCUGCCGCCGAGGUGAUUCAAAGAAAUCACUUUGUUUCUAAAUCAACGAUUUUUAUUUUUGAUAAUUGACCCGCUGAGAUUUCCAGUUGACCAAAGAAAUGGUGAUGGAGAAGCCAAGUGCCCAGCUGGUCGGGCGAGAGUUUGUCCGACAGUAUUACACACUGCUGAACCAGGCCCCCGACUACCUGCACAGGUUUUAUGGGAAGAACUCCUCGUAUGUGCACGGCGGCCUGGACAACAAUGGCAAACCGGUAGAGGCUGUUUAUGGACAAUCUGAGAUCCACAAGAGGGUGAUGGCUCUGAGUUUCCGUGAUUGUCACACCAAGAUCAGGCACGUGGACGCCCACGCCACCCUGAACGAGGGCGUUGUGGUGCAGGUGAUGGGCGAGCUGUCCAACAACAUGCAGCCCAUGAGGAAAUUCAUGCAGACGUUUGUGCUGGCACCCGAGGGUACCGUUGCAAACAAAUUCUACGUCCACAAUGACGUGUUCCGUUACCAAGACGAGGUGUUUAACGACUCCGAUUCUGAGCCUCCAGAGGAGUCUGACGAUGAGGUUGAAGAGAUCGAGGAGAGGGUCCCCUCUCCUGACAUGGCUCAGGAGGAGUCUGCUCCCUUCUACGACCCGGCAGUCUGUUCAGAGCCAACGGUUCCUGGUGAUGAGGAGGAAGCGGCCGCAGAGAGUCCAGAACCAGAGCUGGAGGUCGAGAAGGAGUCUGAGGCCGCAGUUGUGGAGCUGAAGUCGGAGUCGAUGCUGGAGACACAAACAGACGCACACGCGGCCAACGACCAGACGGAGAAAAGCCCCACCGCUGCUCCACCGACCGCAGAACCUGCCGCUGUGCCCGCUGAAGCCGCCCCUGCUGCUCCAGAAGAAAACCGCCCGUUCUCCUGGGCGUCAGUCACCAGUAAGAACCUCCCUCCCAGUGGGGCAGUCCCAGUCUCAGGAAUCUCCCCACACGUAGUCAAAGUCACUCCCACAGCACCGCCCAGAGUGGAGGUGAAGCCAGAGUCCCAGACAACAACACAGAGACCACAGAGAGACCAGAGACCGAGGGAACAGAGGCCUGGAGGUCCUCCUCCGGUACACAGAGGACCCAGACCAGUUCGGGAGGGUGAGCAGGGUGAGUCCGAGGGUCGCAGGGUGGUAAGGUAUCCCGACGCCCACCAGCUGUUUGUGGGCAACGUUCCUCACGACGUGGACAAGACUGAACUCAAGGAGUUCUUUGAACAGUAUGGCACAGUCCUGGAGCUGAGGAUCAACAGUGGAGGGAAGCUACCAAACUUUGGUUUUGUGGUGUUUGACGAUUCUGAACCUGUGCAGAAGAUCCUCAGCAACAGGCCCAUUAAGUUCAGAGGUGACGUCCGUCUAAACGUGGAGGAGAAGAAGACCCGGUCGGCCAGGGAGGGCGACAGGCGGGACAUGAGGCCCCGGGGUCCAGGAGGUCCCGGCGGUCCCAGAGAGCGAAUAGGAGGCGGCGGAGGACCCCGAGGCCCUCCCACUCGCGGAGGCAUGGCACAGAAACCCAGCUUCGGCUCCGGUCGGGGCGCAGGGCCCAACGAGGGGCGCUACUCUACCCAGCGCCAGUGAGGCACCUGGGGUUCAAACCUGAGUUAGAUUACUAUUUGGAUUCAGCUUACUUCCAAGUGAUGAUUGAUUUUACUGCAGCAGGAACCAAUUGGACAAGCCCAAAAUGUAACAAGAAAACCCUUCUUUACAUUUCACACAGGAGCAAGAAUAAGUAGGAAUUGUUCAUUUCAUGGGUUGCUACACAUACACACCCUGAUUUCUGACUAGUUUCCUCCUCUUUCUUUCUCCUACAUGUGAGUGUAAACGAGUGGUUUUUGAAGGGAUUUCUGUUAGUAAUUGAUGCAGCUUUGGUUGCGAGCUUUCACCGUCAAGUCACGCCAGCUCCUGCUGAAUUCAACAGCCAGUCUCGACAUCUGUCUCUCAUGAAGAUGGCUGCCUCCUCUUCCUCCCUCCACCCCCAUCUGAUUCUUCUUCUUUCUCAUCUGCUGCUUUGUUUCCCUCUGAGGAAUCCCGAAUGUCACUCCUCUUGCCCCCAUCUUUUCCUCCUAUCCUCCUUUUUGUCUCCUCCACCAACACAUGUAUUAUCUGGACUUUUGGUCUUUUUUUUUUUUUUUUUUUUUUUUUUCUCAGUUUUGUUUUUUUCAAUGCUGAACUUGAAUUUAUUAAGAUACGAAUCAAAACACGCAAACACAUGAAAAAGGGUAAAUACUACUUGAAUUGGGGAUUAAAAAACCCAGAGGUUAGGUUUUUUCGCGUUCUCUCUCCCUGUUUCUUAAAGGAACGUGUACUUUACUGCUUGGGCAAUCCUGUGUAUUGCUGCCACCGUUGUAUCUAGCGAUGGAUCUGUCUUAUCUUUUUAUUCUAUCAGGUCAAGAGCUGAACUGUAGUGGUUUUUAUUUGAGUAAAAAUGUUGGCUUGUGAUAUGUGGAUUCACGGACGCGUCUGAAUGGAGCAUGUAUCAAAUCCUGUUAGGCUUCUACUACCGAUGCACUUCAUUUGUCAUCAUGUUUAAAACUCACCUGCCGAUGAGAGAACUAAAUUAAAAGUGAUUUACUGUUUUAAA